UUGCCUUAAUAUCCAGGUUGUUGACCUUUUUGUUUGCUAGUAUCCUGAACAAUGUCACUUUUGUGUGAUAGUAUCCAGAUUCUUUAUUCUUAAAGGUGUAAAAUCCGUUUUGUUUUUCUUAAAUUUGAGCUAAAUUCAAACUGACGACCGAAUGAUCGCACUUUGCCUUGAAGAUGUUAAAAUCUGAUUUGUUUUUGUUCUUGAAUGAAUUUUUUGAAACAAACACGAUCAGAAAACCUGAUUAAGUCAGAUUAUGUUGCAUCUCUGCACACACAGACUGAUGACUGAUGGUGACUCUUUGGUUCACACUUGCAGCUGAAAUUACUUUUAUUUUUCAUACAAGAGCUUUGUAAGUCUUUUAGAGGAAGUUGUUCCCAAGUUUUAGGUGUAAAACCUUCAGACGGCCUCUGAAGAUCUGCUGUCUUUUGUCUGUUUCACCUCGUUACCGACUGAAGAGCAGUUCAGAGUCCUUAUGAGCUGAAGAUGUGGCAGCCAUUAUGAAUCAUUUCCCUGCAGCUCUUUGACCACCAUGACGGAGAACAACACUGAUAUCGUGUUUAUACUUCAGGGUCUGAACGGUUCUCUGACCGACCGUCAGCUCUACUUCGCCUUCGCUCUGAUGUCGUACAGCUUCACCGUCUUCGUCAACCUGACGCUCAUCGUCACCGUCUGCUUUGAUAAAACGCUCCACGAGCCCAUCUACAUCUUCCUGUGCAACCUGUGUUUUAACGGCAUCUGCGGCGCUUCCUGUUUCUACCCGAAGCUGCUUUACGACCUCCUGGCCAACUCCCACGUCAUCACCUACAUCGGCUGCCUGACCCAGAUGGUCGCCACCUACAGCUACAUCUUCUGCGAGUUCACCAGUCUGACCAUCAUGGCAUACGACCGCUACGUGGCCAUCUGCCGGCCGCUGCAGUACCGAGCGCUGAUGACGGUGCAGAAGGUGGCUCAGCUGCUGUUCCUCACCUGGUGCUUCUCCAUGUUGGAGGCCUUUGUGGGCGUCAGCCUGACCUCCAGGUUGCUUCUCUGUGGACGCCACCUCCCCAAGAUCUUCUGCACCAACUGGGACGUGGUGAGGCUGUCAUGCUCCGACACGACGGUCAACAACAUCUACGGCUUGGUGUUGACGUUCUCCCACCUGCUGCAGAUGAUACUUAUCCUGAUUUCUUAUGCCCACCUGGUCCGAGCCUCCAUCCGAUCUCUGUCCGACCGCCGGAAGUUCGCCCAGACGUGUUUGCCGCAUCUCGUCACGCUGCUCAUCUUCACCACCUCGCUCUUGUUCGACAUGAUGUACUCUCGGUACGGCGGCAGCGACACGAUGGUGGUUCUGAAGAACGCUCUGGCUGCAGAGUUCCUGGUGGUUCCUCCUCUGAUCAACCCCGUCAUCUAUGGCAUGAACCUGCACCAGAUCAGGUCCAGGAUCCUCCACAUGUUCGCCCACAGAUCAGACAUCCCCAAGUGACACCAGAAAAACGACAAAUAUCAUCGAGAACUUUCAUUAAGAGAACACGGAUUCUCAAGAUUCACAAUUUAAAGCUGUUCUAGUGACUGUUGGAGGCCGAAGUUACCCACAGAUCUGUAAAAAAAAAAAACGACAACAAUGAAAACACACCUGCUUUCUAAGAUGCUGCUCAUGUUUUGUUUCAGAUGAAGAAAAAAUAAAACUCUGGAAACUUAAUAUUAUAAAACA